AUGAAGUAUUUUAGCUUUGUGGCACUACUAGCUUCGAUUUUCUCGUGCGUAAAAGCGGAUGAAUCAAAUGAACGUAGACUGCGCUUUGUUGUUCUUGGAGAUAUUGGAGGUAUUCCAGUUAGGCCGUAUUCUAUGUGGAGUCAAAGGCUUGUGAGCAAGCAAAUAGCCAAGGUGCGUAGAUUUUAUUGAUAUAUUUGUUUCAGUCUAUACGUUCAAGCAGAUAAACAUGGACAUCUGUGAGGCAGGUAUAUAUAUAUAUAUAUAUAUAUAUAUAUAUAUAUAUAUAUAUAUAUAUAUAUAUAUAUAUAUAUAUAUAUAUAUAUAUAUAUAUAUAUAUAUAUAUGCAGUAUAUAUAUAAUUUCCCUAAGCUACAACAAGAUAUUCAACGAAGAUUGGUUCUACAAAGGCAGACUGCGUAUACAAUCGCCCCCUGACGCGUACGUGGCAAUUGUCAAUUGAUCCUCUCAGUCAGCCACUAUUCGUCUCUUGAAUAACUCCCGGAAUCAUGACAAUCUUCCACCGAAAUGUCGGACUAAGAUUUCACAAAGAAUCUUAAUUGAAACAUGGCAGCCAAGAUUAGUUGCAGAGUUGGACUGCGUAAGUCAGGCAGGCGGAUGAAACAUUUUUCUUCAGAAAGUAUAUAGUUCAAUCUAUGCGCUACGAAAGCAAAAAGCACUGAUCACAGUUUGUUAGUCUAGCGCGUAUAAACCUUAAUUUUGUUAUGUGGUUUGACAAGGCAAAAAAAACUAUAUUUACAUAAAAACGUACUACAGGUAUGAUAUCUAUAGACUACAUGCAUGCAUGCAUGCAUGCAUGAGACUCGUAGCGAACAAUCCUCAAACUUUUAUAAAGAUUUAUAGCUCUGCUACCUUUUCUCUAGAUUCCAAACGUGGACUUUUUUGUUACUACUGGAGACAAUUUUUAUUACCGGGGUGUUAAGCAUGUGGACGAUUUUAGAUUUUUCGCAACAUACGAAAGAGUUUACAGUUCUCCGUCUUUACAAAAGAACUGGUACUUGAUUGCAGGCAAUCACGACUAUUAUGGCAACGUCUCUGCGCAAAUAUUGUAUACACAGAAGUCGAAACGGUGGACGUUCCCGUAUUUUUAUCACACUAAAGGUUUGUCGAUGGAUGAUUCUAGCUGUAGACUAAAUUUUGAUCUACACAAGAAACAAAUCCAUCACCGCAGCUAGAUAGAGCAUGUUAUGCCAGAAAAACAUAGCUACGAAAUUGCAAAUUUUGUAUUAAUUUGUAUUAUACGCACGGGAAUAUGCACCACUUUCGGCCACUUUGCUCUUUCUAGCUGUGGUAAUGGAUUUUGUUCUUCUUACCUAGAUGAAAAUUUGGUCUAUAGCUGGAAUUGCCCAUUUGCGUGUUUCCGUAAGCGAUGGUAGAACAGACAGCUAUUGGACCCCUCCUUCCAAUUUAAUUUGCCACAAGAAAGACUAUUGCAAAUAAGGAAAAGAUUUACUAUUAGUUCUCCACUCUGCGAACUGCCAGUUGACUACCAUCUGUUGCAUGAUAUAUAGUUCUUGAUGGAACCCCCAACCUCGUUCCCAGGACCCUGGGAACGAGGUUGGGAACCCCUCUCCAUUUUAAUUCCUAAAGAUCGAUUUGCUGUACACAACUGUUUCCUAAAACUGUCGCAUGCAACGUGCUUACAACUUGAGUUGUACUGUGUAAAUCAACCACCACACAACUCGCCUACAACAACAUACAACUCAAGUUGUAAGCAGGUUACAUGCGAUCGUUUUAGGCGAAAGUUGUAUAGUGUAAAUCUGGCUGAAGGGUUUUGACUUAAGGCUUCAUGUCAUAAGCGUGUAUAUUUUUCUUUGCAGUAUUUCCCAUUCCCAAAUCUAAUAAAACAUUGCAGAUAGUAAUGAUCGAUACCAUGAGUCUUUGCUUUCCAAGGUAAUUUUUUUAUCUCGUACUAGACAUUUAAUAAUGUCUUCUCAUUACAUGAAACAGGGACAAGUCUGAAUCAGUUGAAUCAUAUCAAUGGCUAUAUCAAAGCCGUAGUUAGGUUGCAGUUAUGUCGUAAUUUAGUUUCACUGCAGGAUGAAGGUAUUUCACAAAAAUUUUGUUUUACAGAAUACCCAAGAAGAAAAACGCGCCCCCUGCUGAGACACAAAUGGAGUGGAUCAAAAAUACUUUAAAUGACUCCAAGUAGGUUUAAUGGUAGCCUGUGUUCCAGUCCACUACACCGGGUGAUUACAAAUUAAUUUAUUGGACCCAAUUAACGUACUGAUGUUAUUAUCCUGGUAGCAUGUUUAAUCAAGUACUUCCGACAAAUCAUCCGCCAACACACUCAAGACGACCAGCAUAGGCGCAAUUCCGCCGGUCUGUGGAUAGACGAACUGAGCACGCAGUUUAUGCAGAUACGAUAGUUCGUAUUAUACACAGAAAAAUGAUCAGAAGACGUAUAGUCUCUUUACCUUGGAUGUUUUCUCUCUUCUUAUACGCAGAUAUUCUUAAUAUAUAAUAAUAUUAAUAUCUAGGGCAGAUUACCUGAUUGUUUUUGGUCAUCAUCCAAUGUUCUCAGCCGGAUGGCAUGGCAACAGCCAGUCUCUUCAAGACAAGCUACAAGAUUUGUUUAAACAACACAAAGUUAAUGCUUACAUCAGUGGACAUGAUCAUAAUCUACAGGUUGUAAACUCUCUCCAGACCACACUAAUAAAAAUCGUACAUACGACAAACUCCAUGUAUAUCUGUUCUUUUCAAAGAUAUAACUGAUUUGAUGUUUUUCUUUUUCAUAUAGCAUAUUGUCCCAGAAAAUUCGUCCUUGGAACACUUUGUAUGUGGAUCGUCGAAUUUUUUUCGCAAUUGGCAGCCAAAUCGUCCAAAACUAGAACCAAACAGUUUAAAGUGAGCAAAAACUAAAAAUUUAUUUAUUUAUUUAUUAUGCUUUGCCAAUUUCACACAAUCAUAUCUGCACAAAUACAAACACAAGAAUAUACAAACUAUAUCAAUCAAUGGCAGGGUAUAUGCUACAGCUUUAAUUUGCGCCAAUUACAGCAGCCCUUAUAAACAUGAAACGUGAAAACUCAUUCAAAGACAUGUAUAUGUUUUCAUUUUUACCGUUUUUAAAGUGACUGGAACUUAUUUGCUGUUUGAAUUUUCAGAAUCUUCAUCGGUGAUAAACCUGGUUUUCUCGUGGUGACUGCGAAGGAAGACAGAUUGAAGGUCGAACUUAGAACAAUUAAACCGAAACAAAAAUAUAAAACACUUUUACCUCCAAGAAACAAACUCCCUGAUUUUAUUAAGCCAAAAUUUCCAAAACUUUUAGAAGACUUUUUCAACAGUGUAGAAAAGGCUGGGUAGGUUAGGGUAGAUCGGGUUUUUAGUGUUUUUAUUGAAUACGAAUAUUUUUUUUAAAUUUAUUUUUUAACAAAGAAGUUGGAUUUUUUAUAAAAUGGAUUUAUAACUACCGAGUAAUAUUGUAAACUGACUCUUCGUUGGUUGUCAACUUGUAACUCAUUUUGUAGCUGCUUUGUCGCUUGUUUUAUUGUAAUAAAUGUCGCUGUC